AUGCAGGCUCCAGGAGCAGCAGGGGGCUCCCAUGCAGCGCCAGGGGGGUCUUUCCAACCGUCGACAGGCGCUGUCGCCGCACCCGCGGGCCCAGUAAUCGUGGGCCCGCCCGGAACCAUUCCCCCAGGCGCGGGGGUUCCGGGCGCAGGCGGAGCACCCGGCGCAGGGGGGGGAGUAGCGGGGGGGGUGGCGGGCGCGUCUCCCGUAAUGCAGCCUAUGCCUGGGGGAAUGCAGCACAUGCAGCCGUAUAUGAUUCCCCCUAUGGGGCCGGAUAUGCAUGGCAUGUACUACCCCGGGAAUGGAUACAUCCCCCACUACUACUACGAUUACUCCAUGCCAGGCUACGCGGAUCCUCCGCGCAUGCCCCCCGAGCAGUGGGAGGAGUACAUGCGCAUGGCCGCGCGGAUGGAUGGGGGAGCGGGCAUGAUGGACGGUCAGCAACCGCCGGUCCUCCUAUGUUUCAGCCGCCUCUACUCCGUCCGCCCUCGCCUGGCGGUAAGUCGUAGGUCAGGGACGGGCAAGCAUCCGUCCAUGAUGGGCGCUCACAUGUUCGGUGCCCCUCCCCCCGGGUACCCCUUUCCAGGAGGACCCAUGUUCCAGCUGCCCCUGCUCCGCCCUCCUUCGCCUGGAGACCCAGCGCAGCCUGGCGAUUCCGCCCAGUCAGGUGCAGCAUCCGCGCACAUCCGCCCAGACCCAGCCCAGCCUGGCGAUUCCUCCCAGCCAGGCGCAGCAUCCGCGCACAUCCGCCCAGGUCACAUGCCCCCAGUGAUCGGCGCCCCUCCCCACAUGCCCCACAUGCCCAUGCACGCCUACCCCCGCCCCUCCCCCAUGUCCUCCGCCUCCCCGCCCAUAAACCCGCUCCCCAUGGGCCGUGGGGGGUACAAUCUCCUCCCCCGCGGAGGGCAGCAGCCUAUGGGCGGGCGCGGGGGAGGCGGGCGCGGGGUGGACGGUGGCGGAGGAGGGGGAAGGGGAGGCGGGCGCGGAUGGGGGGGGAACAGGCGGGGGCAAGGCCCUGGGGGUGGGGGCCAGGCAGGCGGAGGGGGAAGCGGGGGAGGGGGAAGCGGAAGUGGCGUGGGCGCAAGUGCAGCUGCAGGCGGAGGAGGAGCAGGAGCGGGAGCAGGGGCAGGGGGAGCAGCGGGGGGAGGCGGGGGGAACACGGGGGGGGCGGGUUCCCCUGCUAACAGAGGAGCUGGUCUUUUAGGCAGCAUGGGGGGACAGGGGCAGCAACAGCAGCAGCUAGGCCAACAGGGGCAGCAGGGGCAACAAAGCGGUGUGUAUGACGGGUCUAGCGAGCAGAACAGAGGUCCUAGAACGGGCAGAAGUAGGGGGCAGGGCCUUCCCACCCCCUCUGCACCUGGCGCUCCCAGUGCGUCUAUGCCUAUAGGGGCAGCUGCUGGCGCCAUAGGGGAGCCUAUCGGCGCUGCUGCUGCUGCUGCAGCUGCAGCAGGGGCGGGAGCAGGGGCAGCUGGGGGAGCGGGGGGAGCGAUGGGGGCAGCAGUGGCAGCAGGGGGGGCACGGGGCGGAAUAACCCUGCGUCCAGACGAGUACAAUCGGGCAGACUUCAAGACGUCGUACGAGGCGGCGAGAUUCUUUGUGAUAAAGAGCUACAGCGAGGACGAUGUGCACAAGAGCAUCAAGUACGGCGUGUGGGCGUCCACCCCCACGGGCAACAAGCGCCUCGAUGCAGCCUUCAAGGACGCCGCAGGGAAGAGCAGCGCCACCCCCUGCCCCGUCUUCCUCUUCUUCUCUCAAGGACGAGACGAUGUGCACAAGAGCAUCAAGUACGGCAUGUGGGCGUCCACCCCCACGGGCAACAAGCGCCUCGAUGCCGCCUUCAAGGACGCCGCAGGAAAGAGCAGCGCCACCCCCUGCCCCGUCUUCCUCUUCUUCUCCGUAAGUUCGGUGUUUGUGCAUGUUCCUCCUUGGACCAGCUACAGCGAGGACGAUGUGCACAAGAGCAUCAAGUACGGCGUGUGGGCGUCCACCCCCACGGGCAACAAGCGCCUCGAUGCCGCCUUCAAGGACGCCGCAGGGAAGAGCAGCGCCACCCCCUGCCCCGCCUUCCUCUUCUUCUCCGGAAGUGCCUUGCCUUCUACCCAGGUGAACGCGAGCGGGCAGUUCUGUGAACGCGAGUGGGCAGUUCUGUGGGGUGGCGGAGAUGCUGACCCCAGUGGACUUCACUCGCACACUUUAUCUUUCCUUCCCUUUCCUGCCCCCCCCUCUUUCCUCCUUUCUCCCCUGUCUCGAUCCCUCCUCUCACCCUCCCUGUUUCAGGUGAACGCGAGUGGGCAGUUCUGUGGGGUGGCGGAGAUGCUGACCCCGGUGGAUUUCACUCGCAGUGUGGACUACUGGCAGCAGGACAAGUGGAACGGGCACUUCCAGGUCAAGUGGCACGUGAUCAAGGACGUGCCCAACUCGCAGUUCCGGCAUAUCAUCAUCGCUUCCAAUGAUGGCAAGCCUGUUACCAACAGCCGAGACACGCAGGAGGUGAGAAGGGAUCCUUCCCCCCCUCUCUCCUUCAACGCCCCUUAUCCCUCAGAUCCUUCCCCCCCUCUCUCCUUCAACGCCCAUUAUCCCUCAGAUCCUUCCCCCCCUCUCUCCUUCAACGCCCAUUAUCCCUCAGAUCCUUCCCCCCCUCUCUCCUUCAACGCCCAUUAUCCCUCAGAUCCUUCCCCCCCUCUCUCCUUCAACGCCCCUUAUCCCUCAGAUCCUUCCCCCCCUCUCUCCCUCAAACCCCCCAACCCCUCUCUUCCCUCGUUCCCUCCUUCGUUCCCCCCCAGGUGCCGCUGCAGCAAGGGCAGGAGAUGCUGCGGCUGUCCAAGGGCUACUUGUCGCUUAUGCCAUGCACUGCCCAUUCCCUAUUCGAUCCCCCCAUCCACCCUUUCCCCCCUCCUCCCCCCUCCAGGUGCCGCUGCAGCAGGGGCAGGAGAUGCUGCGGUUGUUCAAGGGCUACUCGUCCCAGUGAUACACCUUUACUUCUUUUCACUUCUCGAUUCACUCCCCUUUCCUCCCUCUCCUCUUCCCCCUCCAGGUGCCGCUGCAGCAGGGGCAGGAGAUGCUGCGGCUGUUCAAGGGCUACUCAUCGCGCACGUCCAUUCUGGACGACUUUACCAUCUACGACUCGCGCCAGCGCGCCAUGCAGGAGCGGAAGACCCGCCACCCUUCCCACCCGUUCCCGCACCAGCAGCAAUCGCAGCACCUGCAGCAGCAUCAGCAGCAGCAGCAGCAGCAGCAGCACCAGCAUCCUCAUCAGCAGCAGCUGCAGUCGCAGCAGCAGCAGCUGCAGCACCAGCAUAUGCAGCAGCAGCAGCAUCAGCAGCACCAGCAGCAGCUGCAGCAGCAGAGGCGGAUUGUAGUAGGGCGGAACCCGGGACCAGUGCUUCUGCCUCAGGUAUUUCUCGUGCCCGUCGUUUCUUUACCUUAUCACCCGCACUUGAAGUUCCUUCUCCCUCCUGCCCUACCUCUCCCCUCCCGUUCCCCCUACCAUUCCCCUUCCUCUUCUCCUUCCCCGGCCUUCCGUUUCCCCCCCUUUCCCCCACUACCCUCCCUCCCCGACUCCCCUCCCUCCCCCACUCCCCUCCCUUCCCGACUCCCCUCCCUCCUCCACUCCCCUCCCUCUCCGCUUCCCACCUCUCAUGCCUCUCGAUCCCAUCAACCCUUCCUUUGUUUCUGCUUUCGCUAUUGCUACCCCCAUGCUAUACUGAUUUAGCUACUACCUCACCUUUCCCCACCUUUCCUUCCUCUAUUCCCCUUACUCUUUCCCUCUGUUCCCCUGCUCCGCUCCUCGGCUCGACGCUCGCCCGCUGGACUACCCCUUCCCACCUCUCAUGCCUCUCGGCCCCAUCAACCCUGCCUUUGGCCCUGCCGGCCUGCCUCUUCCCAACAACGUUGCUGCUGGCCCCAGGCUAUCCUGAUGCAGAUACCCACUCACUCUUUUCCUCCUUUCCUCCUCCCAUUCCCGUUCCCCUUUUCCCAUGUUCCCCUCUUCCCUUGCGCCCCUGUACUGCUGUUCCCUCUUUUCCCUCGUUCUCCCAGCCUCGACUCGACGCUCGUCCGCUGGACUACCCCUUCCCGCCGCUUAUGCCUCUAGGCCCCAUCAACCCUGCGUUCGGCCCUGCCGGCCUGCCUCUUCCCGCCAACGCUGCUCCCGGCGCUGCUGCUGCUGCUGCUGCUGCUGGGUUUGGGGGACACGGGAGAAUGAUGUAUUCGCACACAGGUCCUAUUGGUGCUGCUCCUGGUGCUGGGCGAGGGAGAGGGGGGCGUGGGGGAGCGGGAGGGGGAGGAGGAGCAGGAGCGGGAGGGGGGGGAGGAGGGGGAGCAGGGUCGGGGUUAGGAGGAGUGUCUAGUAGUGCGAGUGCGCUUGCCAGUAUGCUGCCUGCUUCCGUCAUGCCUAGCCCUACUCCUGCUGCUGCUGCCGCCGCCGCCGCCGCUGCUUCUGGUGCGAUAGGUGAAGGAGAGAAGUUGGGAGCUGCUACUGCGACGUCUGGUGCUGCUGCUGGUGGUGCUGGUGCUGGCGCUGGUACUGGUUCUAAGAAUGGUGGGGCAGCAGUAGGGGGGAAGGGAGGUGAAGGGAAGAAAGCUGGAGGGAAGGGAGGGGAGACGGCAGCAGCGGUCGUGGAGGGUGUGGCAGUGAUGUCCCUUGGGGAUGGGAAGUGA